AUGCCCAAUACUCGCUCACGAGGCGAGAUAAUUGAGCAACCCUUUGACGAACCCGAGCGUCUUCUUAACGAACGACGCCGAAAUUUAAGUACUCAACCCGAGAAUAUCGAAACCGAAAUUCUCACUCUCGAAGUAACCGAAGAAAUCAUUAACGAAAUAGUUGACGAACCAGUCAUGGCUGAAAAUCGUCCACUUAGAUCUUACGCUAUUCCUUCGCAAGAAGAACCGCAUAAUAGCAUCGCUGCCCCCGCUAUUGAAGCAAACAAUUUCGAGCUUAAACCUUCAUUGUUGGCUAUAGUACAACAAAACCAAUUCUCCGGAAAUCCCGCGGACGACCCUAAUCUACAUUUGUCCAUAUUCUUGCAAUAUGCCGAUACUAUCAAAGCUAAUGGUGUCAGUCCCGAAGCUAUAAGACUUCGUUUAUUCCCAUUCUCAUUAAGGGAUAAAGCUAGAGCCUGGCUCCAGUCCCUACCAUCCAACUUCGUCGCAACAUGGGACGAGUUGAAGAAAGUCUUUUUAGCAAGAUAUUUCCCGCCUAGCAAAACUGCUAUGCUAAGAGCCCAAAUCAAUGGAUUUAGACAAAGGGACAACGAGUCUCUUUUCGAAGCUUGGGAAAGAUAUAAAGAAAUGAUUAGGAUAUGUCCUCAUCAUGGGCUCGAAGAAUGGCUAAUCAUCCAUACCUUUUACAACGGUCUCUUGUAUAAUACAAGAAUGACAAUAGACGCCGCAGCUGGUGGCGCACUUAUGGAUAAACCAUACAACCAAGCCUAUCAGCUUAUCGAGAGCAUGGCUCAGAACCAUUAUCAGUGGGGAAAUGAGAGAACAUCCGUAGAGAAGCCUCAAACGAAAGGCGGUAUGUACGAAGUAAACGAGCUUGACCUUGUUAAAGCCAAACUUGAAGCUCUAACUCAAAAGAUGGAGAGUAUGACCACAACACCUGCAGCCACCAUGGCUGCAACAAUUUCAAAUUGCGAACUAUGUGGAAUUCAAGGGCACAAAAUCGCUGAAUGUCAACUCUUAACGGAAGUUCCCCCAGACCAAGUAAACUACACUCAAGGAAACCCUUACAAUCAAGGUCCGAGGAACCAUCCAUACCUUUCGUACAAAAGUAACAAUGCUCUAUAUGCACCUGGCCAAGCACCUUCUCCCACUCCACCAGGAUUCCAAAAACUUGCUUUCAAUGCUCCUAGGAAGUCUAAUCUUGAACUAUUAGUAGAAAACUUCAUAGCUACCCAGACUCAAACCAACCUUCAAACUAGUGAGCAAAUUAAACAAAUAACAAGCAAAUUAGAUGUCUUGACCACUCACACUAGAAUGCUAGAAACUCAAAUAGCACAAGUAGCACAACAACAAGCAUCUACCUCUGCUCCUGCGGGCACAUUUAUCCGUUCGAAUUGGUACCCUAUCCUCUGA